AUGACUACUGGCCGACGUUCGACCCUGCUCGGGGCAAAGAAGCGCAACGAGGUCCAGCCUACCAUCAACGACUUCUUCCAGCCCACACCUUUCUCAAAGUCCGGUCCACAACCAGGCCAAGGUGGAGCUGCCGAUUCAGAGAAGCGGGAUUUGCGGGCAGAACUGCUGGCCGCAGAAGCAGCACAUUUCGCAAAGACCAGAGAGACAGCCACCGACAAUGCGACAGGUCCUCCUAAGCCCCUCAAACGCGAUUUUAACGAGUCGCCGAGUGACGACGAGAACGAGGAUCCCGAGACAAAACGGAGGAGGAUUCUAGAAGAGACUCGCGAGAUAGACGCAGACUCCGAUGGGGAUGAUAGCGGAAGUAGCGACGAGGAAAGCGACGAAGACGAAACAGCUGAACUGAUGCGCGAACUGGAGAAGAUCAAGAGAGAAAGAGCAGAACAAAAGGCCAAAGAAGAGGCCGAACAAGCCAAGCAGGCACAAGAACGUCGUGAAGAAGAUAUUGCUCUGGGGAACCCACUACUCAAUCCCAAAGCCUUCAAUCUCAAGCGGAGGUGGGACGAUGAUGUGGUUUUCAAGAAUCAAGCCAGAGGAACAGAGCAAAGGGGCAACAAAGAAUUUGUCAAUGUGUGUACAUGCUGGAUUUGGAUGAAACUGGAAGGUAUGGACGCUGACAAGGACACAGGAUUUACUGCGAUCAGAUUUUCACAAAAAGUUUAUGUCCAAAUACAUCCGAUAGUGGUACUCGACCAGGUCCUCACGGUGGCGACCAAAUUCGGCGACACUGAGAGCUAUUUAUAA